AUGUACAGUUUUAUGGGUGGAGGCCUCUUCUGUGCCUGUGUGGGCAACAUACUUCUAGUGGUCUCCACAGCCACUGACUACUGGAUGCAAUACCGCCUAUCUGGAGCCUUUGCUCACCAGGGCCUCUGGAGAUACUGCGUGACUGGAAAAUGUUACAUGCAGAUAGAGAGUAUCGCUUAUUGGAACGCCACACGGGCCUUUAUGAUCCUGUCCACCUUGUCUUGCUUUGCUGGCAUCAUCGCCGGGAUCUUGUCCUUCGCCCACUUUUCCACUUUCCAGAGGUUUAAUCGAUCCUUUGCUGCAGGCAUCAUGUUCUUCAUCUCCACCCUCUUUGUUCUUCUGGCCAUGGCCAUCUACACCGGGGUAACCGUUAAUUUUCUGGGCAAGAGGUUCGGUGAUUGGCGCUUUUCCUGGUCCUACAUCCUGGGCUGGGUGGCUCUGCUUAUGACCUUCUUUGCAGGGAUAUUCUACAUGUGUGCCUAUCGCAUGCACGAGUGUCGGAGAGUAACUGGUCCUCGUUAA